AUGUCUACUGCAGAAGAAAAGCACAACGUCCAGUCUGUUGGUUCCGGCCCCCAAGUCAAUAUCCUCUACUCAGCCCCUGGUUUCGCAGUACUCGAUCCAGACACUAUCAAGACUAUGGCGAACCCCAGCAAUACCAUUUUUGGCUGGGGCGGCGUACAGAUAGUGAGGAUAUCUCCUGAAGUUGUGGUCAAAUAUGGCUCUCAUGUCACACUACACGAGGCUAAAAGCAUGGUAUUUGUUGAUCAGAAUACAGAAACUGUACCAGUGCCCAAGAUUUUGGCCUAUUACUCUUACGGCCCAAUAGAUCGAGAUGUUGAUGACUGUGGGAGUCUUUAUGAUAAUUAUAUAUUCAUGAGUUUUGUGGAGGGUCAACGGCUGGAUAAGGUCUGGGACACUUAUGAUAGUGUGACAAAAAGUCGAAUUGCCGGCCACUUGAAAGGGUAUCUCGAUGAGCUUCGCCAGGUUGAGCACAGGAAUUACAUAGGCUCUGUUGAUCGUGGGCCUCUUCGUGAUUCAAUUCUAGGAGACCUUGAGUACAAGGGACCCUUUGAUUCGGAAGAUGAUUUUAACAACGCAAUAAUCAAUGCGUAUCAAGACACGACACCAAAACGUCAUGUCAAGAAUGUCCUGGUUGGUAUGUUGUCGUCUCAGAAAGGACGUAAUAUCGUGUUUACCCAUGGAGAUUUUCGUCAUCCCAAUAUCAUGGUUAAUGAUGGGAACGUCACUGGAAUUGUAGACUGGGAGUUUAGUGGAUGGUAUCCUGAGCACUGGGAGUUUGUCAAAGCUCUCGUGAAGCUGCAUGCGAUCGUCCCGUCACACUGCGAUCACCUCCCCAUCGGCCCCUCUGAGUCGAUCUCUAAGCGCCCUGCCCGGAUAGCGCCCGUCGCUCCCCCUCUUCUGCUUCCUCCUGUGCCCUCUCGUGCCCUCUCUCAACCCUUGCUCGGCGCUACCAGCAGCUUCCUCUCCGCGAAUGACAGUCCAGAACUGCACCCUGUCGCUGUGAUGUCUCUUGCAGCCCGCCUCCCUGGUCUAUCCACCCAGCCAAUCUGCUUCUUGCAAUCCUUCGCGCGCUCCCCAGUUGUAGUCUAG